AGAAGAAGAAGAAGAAGAAGAAGAAGAAGAAGAAGACGAAGACGAAGAAGAAAAACCUCUCUGCAGCAGAGAGCUCCGGGUCCACAGGGGGCGCUAGUCAGAUGCCCGGAUGGUGUGACAACCCAAACAGGGAAGGGUGGCUUUCCUCUUUUCAGUAUUAUGAAUGAAAGUCUGUUCUUUGAAUUUAGCCCCGAAGUAGUUAUUGUCAAACAUUAUCAAUAAGCCGCUGAUAAGGAGCAGAACUAAGCUCGUGUAAAUUAGUUCAAGAUGUCUGCGAGUGCGGUGUAUGUCUUGGAUUUAAAAGGAAAGGUCCUCGUGUGCCGAAAUUACCGAGGAGAUGUGGACAUGUCAGAGAUUGAGCACUUCAUGACCCUUCUGAUGGACAAAGAGGAGGAGGGGACCCUCUCUCCAAUUCUGGCCCACGGGGGAGUUCGUUUCAUGUGGAUCAAACACAAUAACCUCUACUUGGUUGCAACAUCCAAGAAAAAUGCUAGCGUCUCGCUGGUCUUCUCCUUCUUGUAUAAAAUUGUCCAGGUUUUUUCAGAGUAUUUCAAAGAAUUGGAGGAAGAGAGCAUCAGAGAUAACUUUGUCAUCAUAUACGAGCUGAUGGAUGAGCUUAUGGAUUUUGGCUAUCCCCAGACUACUGACAGCAAAAUUCUGCAGGAAUACAUAACGCAGGAGGGGCACAAGCUAGACACUGGCGCCCCGCGACCCCCCGCCACAGUCACCAAUGCUGUCUCCUGGAGGUCAGAGGGCAUCAAGUACAGGAAGAAUGAGGUCUUCCUGGACGUCAUUGAGUCAGUCAACCUCCUGGUUAGUGCCAAUGGUAAUGUUCUACGUAGUGAGAUCGUUGGCUCCAUUAAGAUGCGUGUCUUCCUGUCUGGAAUGCCUGAGUUACGGCUGGGCCUGAACGACAAGGUUCUGUUUGAAAACACUGGAAGAGGAAAGAGUAAAUCUGUAGAGUUGGAAGAUGUGAAGUUUCACCAGUGUGUCCGUCUGUCUCGUUUUGAGAAUGACCGCACCAUCUCCUUCAUUCCUCCCGAUGGAGAGUUUGAGCUCAUGUCCUACCGUCUCAACACUCACGUGAAGCCCUUGAUCUGGAUUGAAUCUGUCAUCGAGAAGCACUCCCAUAGUCGGAUCGAGUACAUGAUCAAGGCGAAGAGUCAGUUCAAAAGGCGCUCCACAGCCAACAACGUGGAGAUCCACAUUCCUGUGCCAACGGAUGCUGACUCACCCAAAUUCAAGACCACGGUGGGCAGCGUGAAGUGGGUGCCCGAGAACAGCGAGAUCGUCUGGUCAAUCAAGUCCUUCCCUGGUGGAAAGGAGUAUUUGAUGCGCGCCCACUUUGGUCUACCGAGUGUGGAGGCUGAAGACAAGGAGGGGAAGCCACCAAUUAGUGUCAAGUUUGAGAUCCCAUACUUCACCACCUCAGGCAUCCAGGUGCGUUACCUGAAGAUCAUUGAGAAGAGCGGCUAUCAGGCCCUGCCAUGGGUGCGCUACAUCACCCAAAAUGGAGAUUACCAGCUCCGGACCCAGUAGGCAGCGCCUCAGCCGGCAGUAAGCAGGUGGAAAUCAGAGGGGGCGGCGUGGAGCCGCUAAUUUGCUAUCAAUGGCAGGUGUCAGUCAUGAGACCAGAGGACUGUCUUUUUCUUUAGUUUUUGUAUCUGUUGACGUUAUACUGAUUUCUGAUCAAUCCAAAUAUUAGUUGGAGCCUUCAGUUAGGCAAGGUUAUCAAAUAAAAUGUAAUUUUGUUUUA